AUGGUCACCAAGCUGAUUAAGUUCAUUGUCCUGAGGCCCAGGGGGAUCCCCCAAAAUUUGGAACUGGAAGUGAACUGCAACGAAGUCAUAAAAAAUGUGAAGGAGAAAUUAUUUUGGGAAGACCUAAAAAAGGAGUUGAACGUUCGAUUUAUCUAUAUGGGAAAAAUCCUUGAUGACAAAAAAAAGCUGGAGGAUUAUUUAAGUCAUUAUUACAAGGACUUGAUUUAUAAUGGCAAGCCAAGUUCAUCUGGGUAUCAAAAUAAGAAGGAUGGUCUUGGGGGUGCGAGUGGGAUGACCAAAGAUAUGAACAUGAAAAAUGGUUCCAGCUGUUCCAAGGAGAGCUUUCUUAAUAUCCCCAUUACAAUUCACGUGAAGAUAACGGAAAAGUCGACCUCCUCCAAGAGUGACCACCUCGAUGGCAAGAACAUCAACACGACGCUGGCGCAACUCAGCCUGAUAAUGUUCGUCUCGCUUCUCUGGAUGUAUCGAUACAACUACGCUGAAGCAUUCCCCGUUUUCUCCUCCAUCGUACUGUGCAUUUUCACGGUUUUGAUUGUGAGUCUUCUUUUUUACAGUUAUAUAAUAAUAUUUUUUCAAGUUUUGUUUAAGGUGAUGGCGGUAGCGUACCAUUUGGUGAAGCAGAGCACGGUGCGCGUUUUGACCUACAUCAACGAGAGGAAGGCCAAACUGUUUGUAAGGAGAGAAGCGACGGGAGGAGGUGCGGUCGUUAAAGAGAAUUGA